AUGUUCAAUCCGUACUACACCGGCAGGCCCCGGACACCUGCGGGCGGUGGCAGAGCAAACACAAUAGAUCGGCAGGAGAUCAUCAGAAGGAUAAAGAGCCGGGAUUCCAGACCAACCUCGCCAGAGUACGAGCGUCCGAUGUCAGACGAGCUCAGCCACAAGCGAAAGGCACCGGUGCCCGUGCCAGAUGAGACGAGGACACUAGACUUUCGAUCAAAGUCGCCAGAAGGACAUCAGAACAAUCAUAUCGUUGGCAUGGAAAUCGAGAGACCUCGUUCGGCUUUGCAUCGCGGAGACUUCAGGGAAAGCAUACCAGCAGAAGCUAGUCAUGAUCAGUUCAGCAGCCUGGACAUUGAGCCUCCUAUGCCUGCGCUGUCCACUUCACCAGUCGCUCCGUGGCGUUCAGAAUUUCCUGCAGCUGCUUUACGAAGUGGUCAGCCGGAGCAAUUUCGAUCACUUCGUCAGAUUCCUUUCAGCCAGCAAACCAGAGCUCGAGCGACUUCCACUGCAUCAUCACUUGGUGGUAGCUUUGUCUACAAAGCACCGACAAGUCCCCUGGUUCAAUCGUCAAGACCAGACACUCCAGAGGGACCGAGUCGACGGCAGUCGCGAAGUCCCGACAAGUCGCGCAGGCAUACGUUCUCUCCGCAGUCGUUCCCUAUUUUGUCCUCCUCAACCACUGGAUACCCUGCAUCUGCCAGGGUUCAAGGAGGUUUCCAACCGCCUACGCUUCGUGCUGAGAGGACUUUCCCGUAUCAAGCUCACCAGCCUAGAAGGUCUUUGAACUCUGCGCCUUCCUCCAGCCUGCCUCAAACAACUUUGACAGGGCCCAGACGCCCAUCUUUCUCUGACUCGCCACUUCAUCAUGCUCCGAUGGUUGGGUCUUACGAGGAGUCCAUCCUGCGAGGUCGUAUGUCCACCACGCCUUCAAAGCCUCUUGAUUUCGUUGCGCAGAUCGGUGUGCUUGGCAAGGGUGACUGUAAACCCAGUCUGCGUUGUCCACGACAUGUCAGUGUGCCCUUCCCGGCAGUCUUCUACAGUUACAGCUCUGGGCCCAGACAUGCUCCUGCAGGAGAUCAGCCAAGUCCAUACGUCGGACUGGUUGAUCUGGAGAACACCUUGUCACCACCAGAAGAAGCGCAGGACAGGCGUCGUCAACGUAUGCAUGGUAAAAUCAGCAGAGAAGGCAGUCGUGCUAGUUCUCAGAUUCGAGAUGAUGCUCCUGUACCAGAUGUCCAGGCCCGACGCCGGCGUCGGCAGAAGGACAUUCGACGUUCAGGCUCUCCAAAAGCACCUCCAGGUGGCAGCUACCGCAUACCACAGCAGGGCCAACUCCAAAUCGUGAUCAAGAAUCCGAACAAGACUGCUGUCAAGCUCUUCUUGAUACCCUACGACCUCUCGGAGAUGGAGCCAGGGCAGAAGACAUUCAUACGUCAACGAAGCUAUUCGGCAGGACCGAUCAUUGAUAUGCCGCUCACCUCCCGCAAGAACUUUGGAACCGACAGACCCGAAGCCGCUCUCAGUGCGACUGGGGAUCCGAAUGACAAGCCAAUGCUACGCUAUCUGAUUCACAUCCACAUCUGCUGUCCAUCGAAAGGCAGGUUCUACCUGUACAAGUCUGUGAGAGUUGUAUUUGCCAAUCGCGUACCGGAUGGCAAGGAGAAGCUACGGAACGAAAUUCAGUUGCCAGAACCGAAAUAUACUGCUUACAAGCCUGGAAGGGAAUCGAACAUCGGGAUGAAUUCACCUUCGAUCAUCUCGAUCAGGCGUCGCAGCGUCAUGGAGACCAGCAACCCCGCGGCGGAUCUUCGCGACUGGAGAAUGGCAUCUAAUCCGGUGCUUGCGCAUUCCGGUGGCGCCAGCGAGUACGGCAACACGCACGACGUGCCAAUGCCAACUCUCCCUCGGCACUUCUCUGCUCUAGCGACGCUGGAGUCGCGACCUAGUAGUCGCCAGACCAGUGAUGGGCUGGGCAUCGACUCAGACUCGCAAGACGCACGCUCACCUCUGGCUUCUCCAGUUGCAACGAUGCAUCCACACUUUGCCUCUCCUGACUUCCAAGAGUCGUUCAGGUUUGGGCGUGAUAGAAGCCGCGAGAGGAGGAAUGGAGGUCAGAACGAAUCACUGCUUUCGCAACGGCUGAUGGAUCUUGCCUUUCAACAGCAGCGGAAUGAGUUUGAAGAAUCAUGA